GAAACGUGUCAAAAAAUAUUGAGUCCUUGGUCUUCUUCUUACUUUGCUAUUCACUCUUUUUCCUGCCCUUCAGUUCAAGACAAUAGACAUGGAAGCUGCAGCGGCUAUAAAUGUGUAUCCAUUCCACCGCACUAAGACUAUUCAUCUGGUGAGGCAUGCCCAGGGAUUUCAUAAUUUGAAUGAGGACCUAGAUUCACUUCUAUCUGAGGAGUUUUUUGAUGCUCGGCUUACUCCUGUAGGAUGGAAACAGGUCGACACUCUACGCAAACAUGUACAAUCACGUGGAAUUUCUAAGAAAAUUGAGUUGGUCAUCACAUCCCCCAUGUCAAGGACUAUUGAAACAGCUGUUGGAACCUUCGGUGGUGAAGAGCACUCGGAUGAUUUAAAUGUUCCUCCCUUGAUGGUGGAAAAUGCUGGGGGUAACAACCGUCCCGCAAUAUCCAGUUUGAACUGCCCGCCAGUUUUGGCAAUUGAGGAUUGUCGGGAACUUAUUGGCGUUCUGCCAAAUGUGAGGAGGCGAAGCAUUAGCGAGUAUCGGCCUCUUUACCCUGCCAUUGAUUUUUCAAUGAUUGAACAUGAUGAGGAUGUUUUCUGGAAGCCAGACGUCUUCGAGACCGAGGACGAAAUUACUGCUAGGGGACUGAAGUUUUUCAAAUGGUUAUUGACUCGGAAGGAGAAGGAGAUCGCGGUUGUCACCCAUAGUGCAUUCUUAAUUUUUUCAAUGCUACAUUUUGGAAAUGAUUGCGAUCUAUUUAUACAAAGUGAAAUCCGCGGAAGUUUUGCGAACGCUGAGCUUCGUUCCAUUGUUCUUAUCGAUAGGAGUAGGAUCGGAUCAGACUCCUCGAAUAAUUUCCCAGGAGGAAUACCGCGAGGACUUGAUCUUCCUGUCGACAUUGCAAUUAAGAAGAAUCCAGAGUUUCAGAAACGCCUGAAAAGCUUAGUUAAGUGAUAUCACCAAAGAGUUCUAAUUACCUUCUUGUUCCUUUCUUUGGGAGCUUUGUUGAAUUCUGAAAAAACUUUGUUGAAGUUAUUAUCUACCAAGACAGGUUGAGACUUUAGAUUUAGACUACAUCUGUAUGUUUGUAUCUUAAGAAUUGUGUUUGUCUGUAUCGUAUCUAUCAGUUGUACUGUAUGCUUGCUUUUCUAUUCAGUAUAAUAAAAUGAAGAACAUUUUCUAUUC